GUGAAACAUCAGUAGAGGAUGACUACAACUCAUUGAACUUUAUAUAAACUCAUACAAAAUUUCAUCAACGGCGCAUUUGACCACAACUGACUCACCAUAAUCUACUUAAUUCUAUCCACUUGACUCUUCUCGUUGAAUAGCUUCGUACAAUUUAAGGAACGGAACCCCAGAAAUAGUAUUAAUUUCAUUAUGGCUCCCUCGAGACAGAACCAGGCGCCUCCUUACGCCAAGGAUGAGAAGGUGCUCUGCUUUCACGGCGACUUGAUGUAUGAGGCAAAGAUCAUGGAGGUUUCCGUCAAGCCGGGUCAGAAGCCCGAAGAUGCACAGUACCGAAUCCAUUACCGUGGUUGGAAGGCGAGCUGGGACGAUUGGGUUUCUCAGGACCGCAUCCGCAAGUUCACCGAAGACAACAAACAGCUUGCUAGCCAACUUCAGGCCCAAGCUCGCAUACGAACUCAAGGUCCUAAAGGAGGCAAGAAGGGCGUCAAAGCUAACGGAUCCGAGAUGAGCUCUGCUCGAGGUAGUGAAGAGCGGGUCGCCGGCUCCUCCAGCUUUGGCGGCAGAGGUCCUCGACGAGGUAGAGACUAUGAACUUGAGAACGAGGAUAAUUUUCAUUCGCGGCCCUCUAUCAAGCUGGUGGUACCCGAUGUACUCAAGGCCAUGCUUGUCGACGAUUGGGAGAAUAUUACCAAGAACAAUCAAUUAGUCCCGCUGCCUCACCCGCAUCCUGUGUCAAAGAUCCUAGCGGAUUAUGCGGAAUACGAGACCCCUAAGCGGCCCGCGGGUUCCUCUCACGUCGACAUCCUCGAAGAGACUCUUGCGGGAUUGAAAGAGUACUUCGACAAGUCUCUCGGCCGCAUCUUGCUUUACCGAUUUGAGCGGGGCCAGUAUGCAGAGGUGGUUAAGAAAUGGAACUCCGACGACCCCGAGUACCAGGGCAAGACUGCUAGCGACACGUAUGGUCCUGAGCAUCUGAUGCGGUUGAUAGUCACCUUGCCUGAGCUGGUUGCGCAGACCAAUAUGGACCAGCAAUCAGUUAACCGUCUUCGAGAAGAGCUCAUUAAAUUCUGCUCCUGGUUGUCUAAGAAUACGACCGAAUAUUUUGUGAGCCACUACGAGUCACCAACUCAAGACUAUGUCCAAAAGGCAAAGGAGUAGGAGUGUCUAUCCGCUUUACGAAUCGGCGAUGCUAAGAUGGCCACGAAUUCGCAGUCUU